AUGCAAAGGCCUGGUCAUUUGGAGGUGUUGAAGCUGCUGCUCGACUUCGGAUGGAGCGCCGACGUUCCCAACGACGCACUUGAAACUCCUCUUCACCUCGCGUGCUUCAACGGACACGUCCACGCAGCCGAGUUCUUGCUGGACAGCGGCGCAGACAGCAACGCCCGGAACGAGGAUCAAGAGACUCCGCUGUUCUACGCUGCUCGGAAGGGCCAAUACCGAGCGGUGCGGCUGCUAGUUCGAAGGGAGUGCGAUCUCGCAGCCAAGAAUCGCUACGGUGACAUUGCAGAGGAGGAAGCCACCGACGCCAAGACCCAGUCCGAGUUCGCGGCAGGGAACGAAGACUUACGACGAGCUCAAGGACGAGGACAGAGCGAGCUUGGAGAGCACAUUGUACCCCAAAGUCUGCGCGAGAGAGUGUUGUCCUUCUUGGACCUCAAGAGUCUGGGCUACGCGUCUCAAGUCUCGUAUCGGUGGCAUCGAGCUGCAGAUAACCCGUCGCUAUGGAAGAAGUUGGGGGUCUCGCGCUGGGGGUUGAUCCUCAACGCGACCAUGGGCAUGGGAUCAGUGCCGCAGAUGUCGAUGCUGCGUGCGGCUACCAGUAACUUUCUGCGCCUGAACCUGUCUUCGAAGGCGUCGCGACGUCCUUCCAGCUGUGACCAGGCAUUCCUCGGCCGAACACUGCCGCUCAGUGUCAAGAAGAAAGAGCAUCGAUCCGUGCCGAAGACGUUAGAACUGUAA